AAUGCUUGGCGACGGUGAGGAAGUCUUCGCAAAUCCACUUCAAGAAGCUUCUUCUGAUGACGUCACUUCACCCCCAGCUGCUGCUGCUGACGUGGAAGUUUCAUUAAAUGAUGAUGAUGACGUAACUACGACAACGACAAAUGAUGACACAUUUCGUACCGCCCGUUCGACACUCAAUGAUUCUCAGAAUACGACGGUGGUGCAAGAGGAAAAGAAAAAGGCUGAAAAAGAAGAAUCUUAUUCUUCUUUGGCUGAUAAUCGAAAUCACCGAACCGAGGAGAUCAAUAUUGAUAUGAAUUCAGACGAAGCGAUUUGUGUUGAUAUUUCAGAUGCACUUUCUGAACGGGAAAAGGUAAAAUACACAGUUCACACCCGUACACGUCUUCAAGAAAUGAAACCAGAAACUGCAGUUGUACGUGAACAUGAGGAAUUUCUUUGGCUUCAUGGAACACUUGAGGAUAAUGAGAAUUAUGCCGGAUUUAUUAUUCCCCCAGCACCACCGAAGCCAAAUUUCGAUUCUUCUCGUGAAAAGCUGCAAAAACUCGGUGAAGGUGAAGCUACAAUGACGAAAGAAGAAUUUCUGAAGAUGAAACACGAUUUGGAACAAGAUUAUUUGGCUCAAUUCAAGAAGACUGUCGCAAUGCAUGAAGUAUUUUUACAACGAAUUGCCGCUCAUCCUGUCUUUAAAAAUGAUCAGAAUUUCCGUAUUUUCUUGCAAUACGAGAAUGAACUCUCCGUACGUGGAAAAAACAAAAAAGAGCAAGUGGAAUCAUUUUGGAAACGUUUUACCCAAUCAGCAGAUGAAGUUUUGCUAUCUGGACAGAAAGAUGUUGAUGAAUUCUUUGAAAAAGAGAAGAAUUAUAUGGUUGAAUAUAAUAUUCAUAUUAAAGAAGCUGCUGCAAAGUCGGAAAAACUCAUUGCGGCCAGGAAAAACGUAGUCGCCUCAUUCUCAAAAAUUGGUGAUAGUUUUGAACGAAUUGCACGUGGAGAACCGAAUAAAUCAUUGGCACGUACAUUUGCACAGGGAGCCGACGCCAUGUUUAAGCUCAAGAAGGUAGAAUCCCGUUCAUCAAACGAUGAAGAGCUUAAAUUGGGCGAUACACUUCACUAUUUUGCACGUGAUACACAGGCUGCAAAGGAUCUUUUGUAUCGGAGAAUGAGAUGUUUGGCAAAUUACGAAGCAGCGAAUAAGAAUUUGGAACGAGCUCGAGCCAAAAAUCGAGAAAUUCCAAAGGCAGAAGCCGAACAAUCAGAAGCAUGCAAAAAAUUCGAAGAGAUCACUGGACUAUCGAAAAAUGAGCUAAAAGAGCUGAAAACUCGCAGAGUUCAGGCUUUUAAGAAGAAUUUGACAGAUUUGGCUGAGCUUGAGAUUAAGCAUUCAAAGGCCGAAAUCUCGUUGCUCCGUGAUGUUGUGGAACGGCUCAAGAGUUCUCAAUAAUUUGCUCGUUUUAAAUUAUUUUAAGAUUUUUUUUUUUCAAAUUUUUAGGGUUCAAAUGGUGCCGUUUUUCAUGUAAAUGUACAUAUAUUUAUAGCCCCCGUAAUUUAUUGUUUUUUUAUCGAUUUUUAGGCUUCAUACCCCCCAGUUUUCAUAGGUUUUUGAGCUCAAAAGUGGAUUUUUCGCUUGAAAAUCCAAUUUUCCGGAUUUUUCAGCUCAAAAAUUCAACUUUUUAGCCCAAAAAUUGCAUUUUUGGCUCCAAAAUUUCAUUUUCAGAGCUCAGAAAUCGAUUUUCCCUACUCAAAAAGCUGAUUUUAAGCCAGAAAUUUGAAUUUUGAGUUUAAAAAAUCGGUUUUCACUUAAAAAUUGAAUUUUUAGCCCUAAAUUUGGUUUCUCGCUGCUAAAAAAAUCGAAUUUUACUAUAUUAUUUGCCGAAAAACUCGUAUUUUUGCCCCCUGUUUCUCCCAGUUUUCCACCCCAAAUUGUGAUAAUUUAUUGCGUUUUUCCCCCUAAAAAUCCAUAUUUUCACCUUAAAAUUGCUCUUUUUGAGCUGAAAACCUCAUUUUCAGCACAAAAUUGUUUAAAAUUGCAUAUUUUGCCCCCAAUUUGUGACAAAUUUAUUGAUUUUUUUCCCCAAUUUUUCCGCUGUUGGAAUAGAAUUUCCCUGCCUUCUCAUCUAAAUUUAUAAUUUGUUCACUGAAAAAGUGGCAUUUUUAAGGCGAUUAAAUCAAUUCUAUAUUGUAUUUAUUUAUUUCUGUGUGUGUGUUUUCAGACGAAAAGAGCGGUUUCCAAUGUGUACCGGCUGAAAAUAUCUUUGAUUUUUUUAUGAUUUUUUUCCUGCUCCUGAAAAUUUGAAAUUUGGAGCUUUUUUCCAUGUAAAAUUUCGCUGGAAAUUACUGGUAGAAAUUCCCCCUAAAAAUGAAGAAAAUCGAUCGAAAGUCUUCAAAAUGAAGUAUUUUUACAAAAAAAAAAAACAGCGAAAAGCUGGAUUUUUUUUGGUAAAUAAACUAUUUAGAA